AGUACGCAAAACAUCAUAGAGUUAUUAAUAAAAAUCUAGAUACAAAUCAUGUGAUUCAUUUAGUGCCACCGAUGACCAAGCAGACCGAACGGACAGGUGCAUCUUUGAAUUGAUGUGUUAUUUAACAACAAUUAAUUUUGAAUAGUAAAGAUCAGAGGAUCGGGAUGACUGAAUCUUGUUUUACAUAAUAAUAAUAAUUUUAAUAAGUUAAUAAAUCCACAUCCAGAAAGAUGGAGCUGCCGAUGGAAUUAAUCUCAUACAUAAUGAGGUUCUUGACUUCAUCCGAGCGUCAUGAAGCCUCUCUUACCUGCAAGAAAUGGUACCACGCAUCUCUGGACCCGCAUCUUCAUCAGAACUCCACCAUCACCCUCCGAGCAAGCAGCACCACCGGAGAGACAUUCCAUAACCUCGGCCAACGGAAGAGCCCAAGUCUGGUCAUCAGUCACAUCGACGGCUCGAGCAACUGCAGUAAAGUCCUCCAGGACAUCGGUCACCAUCUCGGACCCCAUCUGACCCAUCUCAGCCUGCGUGGGUCCGACGUCACAGAGAACGUCUUCAUCGGGAUCAUUGGCCACUGCACGGGGCUCCAGAGUCUGGAUCUCAGCUGUUGCAACAGCCUCUUCAUGUCUGGAAAUCUCUUACAGAAGGAACAAGAUUGUCAGAACAUGGCGAAGCAUCUUGAUAAGUUAACGUCGAUUAACCUUGCCAGUAACCGCUACCUGUCGGACAUCCUGUUUAAUCGGCUGAUGAGCGCAACGCCCAAUCUCACAUCGCUCUCCCUAGCAUCAUGUAACAUUGUUCAUCAGACCGAUCCGUACAUCAGUGGGGACAGAAAAUCCACUUCCUUCAUAUCGUUGCUGAAUUUCCUGAUGUAUCUACAGCAUCAGUCCAAGCUUACCUCCCUCGACCUCAGCUACACCGGAAUCGGGAACGCCGCUCUCCUACAGAUCGGCCACGUCAUGGACUUGGUUCUCGAAGAACUGAUACUCAAGAAGUGUACUAGUGUCAGCAAUGAGGGGGUCAUGACGCUCGUCAAGAAGCAGACGUCACUCAAGUCACUCGAUCUCAGCGGGAUAGCGUCCUUAACCGGCCCCGCCCUGAUAGCAAUCUGUAACCAUCUUCCCAAUCUUGAGCAUCUGAAAGCAAGUGAGUGGUCUCAGCUUGAUCCAAACGCUGUGGAGCGCUUGUCCUCCUUGAAGCGACUCAAGUCACUUGACUUGGCCAAUUGCUACCAUGUUGGACUUCACUUCUUGAUCAAGGGUCUUUGUAGUGGCAGCUCAUCUCGUCUGACAGCACUUUGUCUUGGCGGAUGCGGAUCGGUCCAUGAUGAGACAGUCUUGAAUCUUGUGAAGAGUCUACCCCAGUUGGAGCAGCUUGAUCUUAGCUCUUGCUUUGGAGUUGGAGACCCCAGUGUGCUUGCAAUCUCAAGGUUUCUGCCAAACUUGAGGAAGCUUCGUCUAGCAUGGUGCAAGAAGAUCACCGACUUUGGUCUCCUCGGCCUGGACAAAGAUGCUCCAGUCUUCAUCACCGACGAUGCCGAGAAGCACUACAGCGACCGCUUCACCAAGAGUCACAGCAACAUGGGAUUCUUCAAGCUGCCCUCGUUCAAUGAGAAGAUUUUGGCCGUCCCUGAGACGGAGAUCCUGAGGCAGAUGGAGGAACCAGAUCAGAUCAACCUGACCGCCCUGACGAAACUGGAAUCCCUCGAUCUGAUGGCCUGCAACCACCUGACUGACGUCUGCAUCGCGCAUACAGUCCGCUUCCCGAAGCUUCGUUCUCUGAGCUUCAGCCUCUGCUCCAACAUCACUGAUCACAGUCUCGCUGCCAUGGCGACUAACAAUCCCAACCUAACAGAGCUUCUGAUUGGGCAAUGCCAUCAGAUCACCGACGUGGGAAUGGCGUCGUUGGCCGUGAAGUGCAAGGGCCUGCGAUCGUUGGAUGUAUGUGGUUGCGAUAAAAUCACCGACGCGACCCUCUCGCAGCUUGGGGCCCACACCAAACAUCUGCAACACCUCAACGUCUGUCAGUGUACACUGAUUACAAUGGAAGCAGCAGAUCAACUGCAACAGCAAAUUCCAAGUUUGAGGUCGCUGCAGAUGGCGCAUACAUCAAGCAACGGGUCCGCAUUCUAUCAUUAUCAACCAAUCAGAUUCUAAUGUUUGUAUCCAUAUUCCACAGAUGCCCCCGUUUACAUUUCCACUGAUAUGCCGAAUUUUUAAUGGUGUAAAUAAAUUAUAAUAAAGUAAAGUACUACAAAUUGAUGGAAUUUAACUGAUGAGGAAGGAACAAUAACCUAACUGUUUAGGCUAUGAAAUUUUUACAAAUAUUUAUUGAAAUUUCAAUGUGCAAAUGACUGUUACUCUCAUAAGAAUGAAACUACCAUUCAGUUGGUUUUCUGAGUUGUUUAGAUUGCACAUGAUGUCAUUUACCACUAUCUCUGAUGACAACCAAUGAUUACUCUUCACGCCUGCAUAUUUCAUCAACGACGGCGACCAAUGCAAGGGAUCUAUGUGUUUGUUUAUAAUAUUAAGUAACAAAAGACAAGGAAAACUGAUGGAUGAAAUGUAAAUCAAUUGUGGGGUGAACAAAGACAAAUUGACUGGAGAGGGAUUUGAACCUUCAACCUUCAGGUUCAUGUAGAAGUACUGGGGAUGUGACUUAAAGUUGCUCUGUGAAAGGUAAUCCCAUAAAGCCAUUGGACACUUUUGGUAAACAGUAUUUUCCAAAGGCCCACACUUCACGUAUCACAACUUAUUUAUA